AUGGUGAAUCCAACAUUGCUCCUCCUCUCCCCACCGCCAUGCAUUAACCCCAUCUCCUCCCCAGGCCUCGCUCGCCUAGAGUACCGUGGCUACGACUCCGCCGGUCUUGCCGUCGACGGUGACCGCAAGAAUGAAGUCUUCGCCUUCAAGGAGGUCGGCAAGGUGGCCGCGCUCAAGAAGCUCAUCGAGGAAGAGAAGCCCGACAUGACCAAGGUCUUUGACAACCAUGCCGGCAUUGCGCACACCCGCUGGGCCACUCACGGCUCUCCAUCCAGGGUCAACUGCCACCCUCACCGAUCCGAUCCCACCUGGCAGUUUGCUGUGGUCCACAACGGUAUCAUCACCAACUACAAAGAGCUGAGGGCAUUGUUGGAGAGCAAGGGCUUCAAGUUUGAGACGGAGACGGACACCGAGGCGAUUGCCAAGUUGGCAAAAUACAUCUACGACGAGCAUCCCACCAUCGACUUCACCACCCUCGCCAAGGCGGUCAUCAAGGAGCUGGCGGGUGCGUUUGGUCUGCUCCUCAAGAGUGUGCAUUACCCCGGCGAGGUGGUGGCCGCUCGCAAGGGCUCUCCCUUGGUGGUUGGUGUGCGCACACAGAAGAAGAUGAAGGUCGAUUUUGUGGAUGUCGAAUUCCAGGAGAAUGACAUCCCAUUGCCCGCCGAGACGGCCAGCCACAACGUCGCCCUCCGCAAGACCAACAACCUGCUCGCCCCUCCAGACAAGGCCAGUCUGCUCCACCGCUCGCAGUCGCGUGCCUUCCUGUCCGACGACGGCGUGCCUCAGCCGACGGAGUUCUUCCUCUCCUCUGACCCCUCUGCCAUUGUGGAGCACACGAAGAAGGUGCUCUACCUCGAGGACGACGACAUUGCUCACAUCCACGAGGGCCAGCUUAACAUCCACCGUCUGAGCAAGACCGAUGGCACAAGCAAUGUCCGCGCCAUCCAAACCAUCGAGAUUGAGCUGCAGGAGAUCAUGAAGGGCCGCUUCGACCACUUCAUGCAAAAGGAGAUCUUCGAGCAGCCGGAGUCCGUGGUCAACGCGAUGCGUGGACGCCUCAAUCUGGAGGCAAAGACCAUCACGCUUGGUGGCUUGAGACAGCACAUGACCACCAUCCGUCGCUGCCGUCGUCUGAUCUUCAUUGCCUGCGGAACCAGCUACCAUUCAUGCAUGGCUGUUCGCGGAUGUUUCGAGGAGCUCACAGAGAUUCCCAUCUCUGUCGAGCUGGCCUCCGACUUCCUGGAUCGUCAAGCCCCCGUCUUCCGUGACGACACCUGCGUGUUUGUCUCGCAAUCUGGUGAGACUGCCGACUCGCUCAUGGCCCUCCGCUACUGCUUGGAGCGUGGCGCUCUGACCGUCGGUAUUGUCAACGUCGUCGGAUCCUCCAUCUCCAUGAUGACGCACUGCGGUGUGCACAUCAACGCCGGCCCGGAGAUCGGUGUCGCCUCCACCAAGGCCUACACCUCGCAAUUCGUGUGCAUGGUCAUGUUCGCCCUCAGUCUCGCCGAGGACCGCGCGAGCAAGUAUCAGCGACGCAUGGAGAUCAUGGAGGGCUUGGGUAGGGUCUCGGAGCAGUUCAAAGAGAUCUUGAAGAUGGACCAGGAUAUCAAGGAGUUGUGUCAAAAGUUCGUUUCGUCUAUGAAGACAGCCCCUGACUUUCGAAGCGCUGGUACUGAUUCGAUUUGCAGGUUUAAGCAUCAGAAGAGCUUGCUCUUGUUGGGCCGUGGUGCCCAACACGCCACUGCGCUGGAAGGUGCGCUGAAGAUCAAGGAAAUCUCCUACAUGCAUUGCGAGGCCGUCAUGUCCGGAGAGCUCAAGCACGGCGUGCUAGCUCUGGUCGACGAGUCUCUGCCCAUUGUCAUGAUCCUCACGCGCGACAACAUCUUUGCCAAGUCUCUGAAUGCCUACCAGCAAGUCAUUGCUCGCAAGGGCCGUCCGAUCGUCAUUUGCAAUACCGGCGACAAGGAGUUCCCCGGCGAGAAGACGGACAGGAUUGAAGUGCCGCAUACCGUUGACGUGCUGCAGGGAUUGCUCAAUGUGAUUCCGCUGCAGUUGAUGGCGUACUGGCUGGCUGUUGGCGAGGGAUUGAACGUCGACUUCCCCCGCAACCUGGCCAAGAGUGUUACGGUCGAGUAAUCCCGCGAAAGGGAGCGUCCACUCCUUACGAUGCGGUAUGGAGAGCAACGAGAGUCUGUGCCCUUGGCAUAUUAGAUGGCGCUGAAGGCGUUGGCGCGUGUUACGACUAUAGACGAUGAGGGGCUUGCGGCGGGUAUGUUUUGAUUCGUUCUGUUGGUAGAGAAUGAGAGCUUCUGUGAUUCUAUCGACUGCCUUUGCAUCAUUCUUCAAUGCGCAAGCGCGCGGUAUAUCGGGUGCAAUGAGCUAUAUAACCAACGAGAGGCCGCGCGCAUCCUUCAAUGAAGCUGUAGCGCCGAGCAGGAUGAGUGUUGUUCGAUCGAAUGGCGAUAUGUCGACAACAGCUCAACACCAAGCUGUCCUCCUCGGCGUCUCGCCGUCCAGGAUGCACUGACGCGCGCGUAGCG